CCGCAAGGACGCGGAGCUGGUAGGCGGGGGCCGGGUCGGGCCGGUGCUCCGCCGCUGUCUGUGACACCCGGGGCGGGUGGGCAGACUCGGCCCCUGAAGAGCCCGCCAUGGUGCGCGCGGGCGCCGUGGGGACGCAUCUCCCGGCGUCCGGCUUGGACAUCUUUGGGGACCUGAGGAAGAUGAACAAGCGCCAGCUCUAUUACCAGGUUUUAAACUUUGCCAUGAUCGUGUCUUCUGCACUUAUGAUCUGGAAAGGCUUGAUCGUCCUCACUGGCAGCGAGAGCCCGAUCGUGGUGGUGCUGAGUGGCAGUAUGGAGCCAGCCUUUCACAGAGGUGACCUUCUGUUCCUGACAAACUUUCGGGAAGACCCUAUCAGAGCGGGUGAAAUCGUGGUCUUUAAAGUCGAAGGACGAGACAUUCCAAUAGUUCACAGAGUGAUCAAAGUUCAUGAAAAAGAUAAUGGAGACAUCAAAUUUCUGACUAAAGGAGACAAUAAUGAAGUUGACGACAGAGGCUUGUACAAAGAGGGCCAGAACUGGCUUGAGAAGAAGGAUGUGGUGGGAAGGGCCAGAGGGUUUUUACCAUAUGUUGGUAUGGUCACCAUAAUAAUGAAUGACUACCCAAAAUUCAAGUAUGCUCUUUUGGCUGUAAUGGGUGCAUAUGUGUUACUAAAACGUGAAUCCUAAAAUGAGAAGAAGUUCCUGGGACCAGAUCGAAAUGAAUUCUGUUGAAAAAGAGAAAACCUAAUAUAUUUGAAAUGUUCCACUUUCUGUAUAAAAGGAAACAAUGUGGAGACGUUUUUGUCUUGUCCAAAUAAAUGAUUCAUCAGUGAA